UUUAAUUUCCGUGAACGCUGUCUCUUCCGACGCGCACACACAUGUUGUCUCCACGUACAACUCGUGCACGUCGUUUAUCAGUGAAUAAUAAAUAAUUGUGCAAGUGGAUAAAUAAAAAAAAGUGGUAAAAUGUUGGUGCUGUUUGAGACCCCAGCGGGGUACGCAAUUUUUAAGCUGUUGGAUGAGAACAAAUUGGCGAAGACUGAGAAUCUCUAUCAUGACUUCGAGACGCCAGAGGCUGCCAGUAAACUCCUGAAGCUCAAGCACUUCGAGAAAUUUGCGGACACGACAGAAGCCCUCGCGGCGACAACAGCGGCAGUAGAGGGAAAGCUCUGCAAAUCCCUGAAGAAGAUGUUGAAAAAGCACUGCAGCGAGGUUCAAGAGCAGCUGGCAGUGGCAGACGCCAAGCUGGGUAACGCCAUAAAGGACAAGCUGAGUCUCUCCUGCGUGAGCAACAACUCAAUCCAGGAGCUGAUGCGCUGCAUAAGAAGCCAGAUGGACAGUCUGCUCGCAGGCCUCCCGAAGAAAGAGAUGACCGCAAUGGCCCUGGGUCUGGCGCACAGUCUCUCCCGUUACAAACUCAAAUUCUCCCCCGACAAAAUCGACACAAUGAUCAUCCAGGCGGUCUGCCUCCUCGACGAUCUGGACAAGGAGCUGAACAAUUACGUGAUGAGAUGCAGGGAGUGGUACGGCUGGCACUUUCCCGAGUUGGGGAAGCUGAUAGCAGACAACGUGGCCUUCGUAAAGACAGUGAAGAUAAUAGGAACACGUGAGAACACGAUAAAGUCAGAUCUCUCGGACAUUCUCCCCGAGGAGAUCGAGGGGAAGGUGAAGGAGGCAGCUGAGAUCUCCAUGGGCACAGAAAUAUCUGAGGACGACAUCCUGAACAUUCAACACCUGUGCGAUCAGGUGAUUGAGAUCUCCCAGUACAGAGCACAGCUGUACGACUAUCUGAAGACCAGGAUGAUGGCAAUGGCCCCCAAUCUGACUGUUCUCGUUGGAGAACUGGUGGGCGCUCGUCUGAUCUCCCACGCAGGGUCUCUCAUCAAUUUGGCGAAGCAUCCAGCCUCGACUGUGCAGAUUCUGGGGGCUGAGAAGGCGCUGUUUAGGGCCUUGAAGACGAAAAGAGACACACCCAAGUAUGGAUUGAUCUACCAUGCACAGUUGGUUGGACAGAGCUCCACCAAGAACAAGGGGAAGAUGUCGAGGAUGUUGGCUGCCAAGGCUUCACUGGCGACGAGAGUCGACGCCCUCGGGGAGGAUGGCAGCUUCGAUCUUGGAGCUGAACACAAGGCGAAGCUCGAGGCGAGGCUCAGGAUCCUGGAGGAGGGGAACUUGAAGAGGAUCAGUGGGACUGGAAAGGCCAAAGCCAAGUUCGAGAAGUACCAGGCGAAGAGCGAGUUUGUGCAGUAUCCGGUGGCUGGUGACUCGACUAUUGGAGUUAAGAGGCCGUUCGAGGAGACGAAGCCGCUGAUUGAGGAGAUCAAGACGGAGCCGGAGGAGGUGGAGGUGCCCAAGAAGAAGAAGAAGAAGAGCAGGCAGAGCGAGGGGGAGGUCGAGGUCAAGGUCGAGGUAGAGGAGGCUUCCACUUCGGUUGAGGAGGGCAAGAAGAAAAAGAAGAAGAAGAAGAAGCAGGAGGUGGAGGAGGAGAACAUGGAGGUGGAGGCUGAGGAGAGUCAGGAGAGCACAGAGCCCAAGAAGAAGAAAAAGAAGAAGAAGACGCAGGAGUCAGAGGAAGUUCCAGAGGUGAAAGAGGAAGUCGAAGCCCCGACUAGUGAGAAGAAGAAGAAAAAGAAGAAAUCACAAUCGAGCGAUUGAGCAUAAUUUUCUAUGAUUUUUGGAUGAUAUAUUUCAUGAUCAGAUUCGUUUAGAAAUUAUAUAUUAAUUCAAUCAAGAUUCCACUCAGGAAAAACAAAUUUCUACGGAAUAAACGAAUAGUAGGAUUUAUUCAAGGAAUAAAUAAACACCCUUAAUUUUUGAAUUGUA